GGAGAGGAUUCGCUAAUUCUAGGGAAAUUGGCGGCACAAUAAGACAACAAACCUGUCACUAGAGCGAGAUAGCUUGAAAUCGGUCUUACAUAGCAUCAGAUGGAAAUAAUUGACCUGGUCGUCAUCCGAAGGUAGACAUCUGAACUUUCAUAUCCAAUGUAAAAACAACCAAAAAGAUGAUGACGUCAUAUGGUAACUGCACGGGUAGAAACAGUGACCUAUUAAGAUGGGAGACGAUUGGAGGAUGCGCCCUAGGUGACGAGGAAACAUUGGGCCUCGUGUUCGGGGUUGUUUGUAUUCCCAAUGUGGAUAUUUUCACAAGUCACUUUGUAUCUGAUAUAUUGUCAACCGGACAGCAAAGCCAGUAGAACAAGUGCAAAUCACGUGACAACUAUCGUUGUUUUUCAUUGGGUAGCGGAUGCACUCAGUUUGUUUGGUUGCAUCAUGACGCACCAGUUACCUCUACAGAUUUAUUAUGCCCUAACAUCGGCUGUUGUACAUUUCCUCGCCAUCGUUCCGGCCAUCUUGUCGAGUAGAAGGAGCCACUGGGAUGACCAGGGUGCGGAGGAGAGACCCUCACGUUGCGCAUGCGCCAGACAAUGUUGUACGACGCAGUCCUCGUGUACAGCCGCAAUGUUUGUCGCCAUUUCGUUGGUUACAGUUGCUAUGAUACAUCUGCGGGCGAUUGACCAGCGAUCAGCACGUGGACGAGACGAGACACCCACCAACGAAAUAUCUACAGCAACGAUAUCGGUCCGUAUGUAUGAGGUGACGGGCUACUGCCUCGGGGCCCUGUCGACCGGGGUGACGUGGCUGACCAAACUGAAGGAGGUCAUCCAAUUUUAGUAUCGACCUUAUUCAUACACCUACAUCCGGGUCUCGCUUCACAUCAUCGCCAUCUUGUCUGAGGGAUUUUACGUCACUAGCCUAUUAUCCUUCAACCAAACGAGUGACUUCAUUCUACACACGCUACCCUGGACCUUAGCAAGAAUGGGAGUUGCCGGAAUCCAUAUUGGGAUCAUUCUACAAGGAAGCAUUCUGUACUUUACAAGGAAGGAUAUAACAACUAAUGACGGUUACACGGCCAUUCUCCACAGUACGACAUCCGAUUCUGAGGUCAGCGAGGAAGGAAGGUGUACUGUGCAGAUGGUGUUAGAUUUUCCGCCCAUGACGUAUGACGAUAACGAAGGCGAUAACCAAGCUGACCCAUCACCGGUACCUGAACAAGACUUGGGUGAUUCCUACUCAGUUUUGCAGUCACCGAAAGAGCUCUUUAAAUAUACUUAUUGUGACAGUCAGGCUGACACCUCGUCAGAGCAGGAUUUGGAGUGGGACUUUGAAUGCCCUAUGGUUCCAAAAUCUAACAGACCGAUGACGUCAUCGCUGCAGGUCACACAGAUGAAUAAGGGGUCUUUAAAAAGUUUGUCUUCACUGGAAUCUAAUUCCGGUUAUGACAAAGUAGUUGACUGGUUUAAGCGUGCUCAGGACUCAGAUUCUUUGCAAGAUGGCGGAAAUGAAUGGAAUUCUGGUCCCGUGGAUAUGUUCUGUGAUCGCUAAUGCGUAGUAUCAUCAUAUGAUUUUGUUCAUUUGCAAGACGAGAUAACAAUCUUACUAUCAGACACCUACAGUCAAUUGUCCAUGAUGCAGGUUGAUAAUUUAGAUAACGUAGGUUUUCGGAAAGCAACACAUUUCACUGGUUGAGAACUUAAAUGUCGGUUGCAAUUCACAUUAUGCGAGAUAAAAGCAUAUGCUAGAAGUCAAAAUUGAUUCAUCAUUUCGUUUUAAGUUUUUAAAAG